UACAUGAGACGUCUACGGCUGCAUGUAACAAGACGACGGCAGUAUUCUGUUCCUGGCCCAAACUCUUUAUGGCACAUAGAUGGUCACCACAAGCUUAUAAGGUGGAGAUUUGUUGUCCAUGGUGGGGUGGACGGAUUCAGUCGACUGGUGGUCUACCUGAAUGUGGCUGGCAAUAACAGGGCUAGCACUGUCCUACAGAGCUUUAUCAAUGCCGUUCAGCAGUACGGGCUGCCGUCAAGGGUACGGUCUGAUAAAGGAAGAGAGAAUUCAGACGUAGCAGAAUUCAUGAUCAGGAGCAGAGGUACCAACAGGAACUCUCACAUCACAGGCAGAAGUGUACACAAUCAGCGAAUAGAGAGGAUGUGGAGAGAUGUUUAUGAGCAUGCCCUAGACCUCUUCUAUCAGAUCUUCACUUCAUUGGAAGAUCAGGGAACACUCAAUCCAGACAACCAAGUCCAUCUUUAUGCCCUGCACCGGAUCUUCCUUCCCCAAAUUCAGAGAACCCUCAGCUCCUUCAGAGAUGCUUGGAACUUUCAUGGACUUAGAACUGAAAGGAAUCAAUCACCUAAUGAACUCUGGAGAAGAUACAGAGAGCAAGGCCCCAUGGAGGAUCCUGCAGAGGUUUAUGAAGACUAUGGGAUCGACUGGAAUGGGCCUCACAAUCAGCAUGGAGACACUGUGUCAGUUCCUGAGAUUCAGAUGGCCCGUGAGCUCUCAGAUGAAGAGGUUGCCAUUUUGCCAGUUUCAGGAGUUUCUUUAAAUGAUGCAAUUGGAUCAUAUUUGGAGACAGUGCAAGUUUUGUCAAGAAUCAUUGGAGACUGAUAUCUUAAGCAGGCCUUUUAUUUUAUUUAUUGUGCAAAUGUCACUCAUGAAUUAGUUAACUUGAUUUGUCAAUAAAAAUCUGAAAUAAUAA